GGUGUCGGCGCCUCACGAGGCUACAGUUGACAAUUCACUGAUUCAACGAAUCGCAGCCGUACGACGCCCGAUGACCAAUUAUGAUUUCUUGACUGCCAGGUGGUUGUAAUUCUAAUUACGACAUGGCAUCUCGCAGAUGGUUUCAUCCAAACAUAUCUGGCUUAGAAGCAGAACGUUUAUUAAUGGAACGUGGCUAUGAUAGUUCUUUUCUGGCACGUCCAAGUUCCUCUAAUCCUGGUGACUUCACAUUAUCUGUCAGGCGAAAUGGUGAAGUAACACAUAUUAAGAUUCAAAAUACAGGAGACUUCUAUGAUCUUUACGGCGGUGAAAAGUUUGCAACACUGUCCGAGUUAGUACAGUUCUAUAUGGAAAACGGAGGACAACUUCGAGAGAAAAAUGGUGAAGUUAUAGAAUUAAAAUAUCCUCUGAACUGUGCUGAUCCAACAACAGAAAGGUGGUUCCAUGGCCAUUUGUCAGCAAAGGAGGCAGAACGGUUAAUGCUAGAACGAGGCAAAAAUGGAUCCUUCCUCGUACGUGAAUCCCAAAGUAAACCUGGUGAUUUUGUGCUGUCUGUGCGUACGGAUGAUCGUGUGACCCACGUCAUGAUUCGAUCUCAAGAUAACAAAUAUGAUGUCGGGGGUGGAGAAAAAUUCGAUAGUCUCAGUGAUCUUAUAGAACACUACAAACGUAAUCCAAUGGUGGAAACAAGUGGCAGUGUUGUUCAUCUUCGGCAACCAUUCAAUGCAACGCGCAUAAAUGCCAGUGGUAUCGAGAGUAGAGUCAGACAAUUGCACAAAGAAAAUGGCUGUUCCAAUGGUUGGUUAUGCUGGAAUGGUGCCACUGGUAGCAACGAGGCGGGUGCAGGUCGUGGAAAAGGAAAAGCUGGUUUUUGGGAAGAAUUUGAAUCGCUACAGCAACUUGAGUGCCGUCACUUAUUCUCUAGAAAGGAGGGCUUACGCCCAGAAAAUCGAGCAAAAAAUCGCUAUAAGAACAUCUUACCUUUUGACCAUACAAGGGUGCGAUUAAAAGAUGUCGAUGCUAGCAUUCCUGGUUCCGACUACAUCAAUGCUAAUUACAUCAGGAAUGAAGAAGGUGACGGAUCCAGCAGUGGAAUUAGUGGCGCCGUUGAUGGUGGAGCAUUUAACAAAUGUUACAUUGCUACGCAAGGUUGUUUACCAAAUACUAUUCAAGAUUAUUGGCAUAUGGUGUAUCAAGAAAAUACUCGAGUGAUUGUCAUGACCACUAAAGAAAUGGAAAGGGGAAAGAACAAGUGUGCUCGCUAUUGGCCCGAAGAAGGAGAGGUUGGCGAGUAUGGAGGAGAAUGGAAAGUCUGUGCUCUUGGUCGUACUUCAACAGCUGACUACACCCUUCGUGAAUUUCUUUUGCAAGGAAGCAAACCAAUAUUUGCAGAGCCCAGAAGGAUCUAUCACUACCAUUUUCAAGCCUGGCCAGAUCAUGGAGUACCUUCAGAUCCUGGCUGUGUAUUAAACUUUCUGCAUGAUGUGAAUGCCCGGCAAGAAUCGAUUGCUGCCGCCAGUAAUUCCACCACCCCAAACAAUCAAAAUUCUGGGAGUACGGGACCGAUUCUUGUACACUGCAGUGCAGGAAUAGGGCGCACCGGGACAUUCAUCGUUAUUGAUAUGAUUCUGGAUCAAAUCAAGCGUCACGGUCUUGACUGUGAGAUCGAUAUUCAGAAAACCAUUCAAAGGGUUCGAUCACAGAGGUCUGGAAUGGUGCAGACCGAAGCGCAGUACAAGUUUGUAUACCUAGCUGUUCUACAUUACAUCGAAACAGUAUCCCAGCGUAUGCAGGCUGAACAGAAAUCCUUGCAGCUUGGUCGAGAAUAUACAAACAUUCGUUACAAGAGUGAGACAAAUGCUGUUAAUACUAGUGAUUCCGCUAUAUCUACUCCAGCUCCUACUCCUACUCCUAUUCCUACUCCGACUGGACUUCCACCAACUACGAAUGUCACUCUUCCCGCUACAGUUGGUGGUUUUAGGCCAAAAUAAUGAAAUCUUAUUUGUUCGCACCCUAUUCUGAGAAUCUUCUAAGCAUAGCUAAGAGGCUUCCCUUUACACUUUCUUAUGUGCGUGCUUGUAGGCCUAAAAUCAUUCGCUGUAGGUAGGUAAAAAAAAUAACAUACGUCGCGUUCCAAACAUUUGCAGAAGUAGAGAUUAGACACGAUUUGUUAGACACCAGGAAUUUACGGAAAUUGGCGUCUUAAGUGAUAUGUGGAAAUUAUUCUCCGUCGAGUCGACACUUACCUUUUACCUGAUUUAUAUUUAUGAUACGAAUAAAGUUUGAGACUAUCCAAUCACGAAACGGUACGUGUAACUAUUGUAUCGCCAACUCGGAGUAAAUUUCAUGGACAUUUUGUAUGUAGUCUAUCAUUUGAACUUCAAUCUAGAGAAUCCGUUUUUUGUUGUUAAUAAUAGCUUCUAAGGCACGAAUACAAUUAACUGAUCAUUCGAUUUAUUAUAAUUUAAUUUGAAAUGUCAAUCAAUUUUCGAUAAAAGGAUCUCGAGUACAACACUAGGUGAAGGUCAAUUUUCGCCAAAUUAGUCGUAUUAAAUUAAUUGCAGAGACAAUAAGUAAGUAAUUUAAGUAUGAAUAACUACACUUUUAAUCAAUGCCUUUAGCAAUGUACGAUUGAUAAAAUGAUAUUGUUCGGUACAUUUACGUAGCAUCAAAUUGGAUACGGGGAAAUAUACUUUGAAGUUUCCGAGAGCAAUAGUUCUUAUUAUGAUGUAUUAUUUCCUUUUAGCUGUUAAUUUCUUCACUAACAUUGCACAAUUUGAAUACUGAUUAUAUUUCUUUUUUACCGUGAAAUAUUAACAAUAGCGGAUUAAUAAUGAAAACGUAUCGGUCGCUUGAGUGGACGGCUUUUCGAUAGUUAAACGUGUCGUGUAUUUAGAAAAUAAUUUCGAUUAAUGUAUGUAAGAGCUGAGGGUUUCGUUCAAUGAGUGAUAGCUGUAGGCAAUAUAUGUGAUAAAAUUAAUUUUGAAAGCAUGUGGAGUGCCUUCGUGAGACGAUGCAAGUAGACGUACUCGGUAUUACAUAAUUGUCGCAGAAAUGCAAAUGUGAUGAUGUCUCGAAAUAAAUGUUCACGAUGGUUGUAGCCGAAUAAGUGUGAUGGAAAUGUCAUGUAACAAUUUGUUUAACUUGCAAUUUCUCAAACGUGUUCUCCAGAUGAAUGAUUCAAUGAACUGAAAGAUUCAGCAAAUUAAAAAAUUUCAUUUUUGCACUCUCAUGUUAUUCUUCGUGCAGUCAAUAAUAAGUUUGAUCGAACAAAUUGUAUGAAAAAUUAAGUAUAAAGUGUACAUGGAAGUACAUACAGGUCAAUGGAUGUCUGUAAAAUGUAUUUAUUCUUACUGUCAGAUCGUGUUCACACGUUUCAAUUAUUCAAGGGAAAAAUGAUAAAAAUUGGAGAAAAUCUUUUGACAAAUCGCAGGUUAUAAGAAUCUUAAGGAUAUUUUUAUCGUGGUCAUCUAGCUAUGACUUGUAAGAUAAAAUAUUAGACUGCUCGAAUAACAUUAUCGGCGAAAGAUUAGGUUGUAGUUGAUCAAUUCAUUUGUUUAUAUAUACAUAUAUAGGUAUACAGGGUGAUUCUUAUAAGAGGUUCAAAAUCAAAGGAAUUUAUUACCGCGAAGGCACAACCACUCUUUGAUGGACUAUAAAUUAUGGUCAAUAGUACUAUUCUUAUUCGCACAACUAUAUGUCAUGAUAGAUCUUCAAAUCUGUAAUCGAGCAUUGCUUUUCCGUCCCCAUUCGCAUAGUUUACUAGUUAUAUUCGUCAAGCAGACAUGCCUUUGCAUUAAUGUCUCAUCUACUUUGGGCCUUUCAUAAGACUCACUCUGUAUAUUUAUCAGGCUUUCAAAUGAAGUAUAAGUAAGCUCCGCAUAAAUUUUAUUCCUUAGUGGCAUUUCCUGUUAACUUCGUGCUUUCAUAAAAGCCCUUUUACAGCAAAAUAUAUGUUUAAGGAAAAUAUAUGGAGUAAAUAAGGGAAAUCGUCUUUAGAUAUAUUGUAGAAUACCUGCGAAUGAAGAUUGUGAUAAUAAGGCAAAUACAAAACAUUAUUAAAAUUAUUUUAAGUUGAUUACACUAAUUUAAAAGGGCUGUUUAACAAGAAUUUGUAAGUUUGUUUUAAUUAUUAUAAUUAAAUAUUCUCACUAUCCUGCCUUUAUUAACAAAAACAUCAAAUUACCUGCCAGAUCAUUGCUUUUUAUGCGAACACAUAUACAUGUGUAUCUUUUAUGCAGUCUAAUCAUUAACAAGACGGAUUAUUAGUGAACCUCGGCUUUCAUUCAUUAUGCUGAUAUGAUUAUUAAUGCAGUCAUGUUUUAUUUAAUUAAAUCACUUCAAAUUUAUACGUGUAUAUUUUGCAAUAAACAGUUGCAGAGCUCAUUGAGAACACA